CCUUAUCAUUUAUCAACAUUUAUUAAGGACAGGGCAAUUCUGGUUGAGAAGAUAUUCAGCUCUCUGGUAUAAAUCAAAACCAAAAAGCUCUCUCUACCCCAGUAUACUGCAAGAUGAACAAGCAGCGUCCAAGAGGUAGCAAUCUCCCUGAGGAUUUGAUUCCACAGAUUCUGCUGAGGCUACCAGUUCGAUCUCUGCUCCGUUUCAAAACCGUCUGCAAAUCGUGGCUAUCUCUGAUUUCCGAUCCCCAAUUCGGUAAAUCCCAUUUUGACCUAGCUGCUUCACCCUCCCACCGAUAUCAGGUUAGAACGAUUGAUGAUUCUGUUAUUAGUUUCCAAGAUAUAGAUGAAUCAUUUCACGAUGCGUCUGCUGUUGUAAAACUCAAAUGUCCACUUCCAUUUUCCCCCGACCAAAAUAUUGCUGGUACGUAUCCUGAUGAUGACAUUUUCAACGAUCCAGAAUGUUUGUGUUCUUGCAGAGGAUUUAUACUUUUAAUCUAUGAUUUGGGUAAUAACAUUAUAUGGAAUCCAGCAACUGGUGUUCAUACACGAAUUCCAGGAAAAGAUAACCUUAAUCAGGUCACUUUUGAUUAUCUAACUGGUUUUGGCUAUGACAAGUUAACUGAUGACUACUUGUUAGUUCUUAUAUCGCCGAUGGAUUGGGACCCCUUUUUUCCUGAUGAAGUUGAAGAUUUUCGUGAAUCGGAUUAUUACAUUGAGUGUUUUUCCUUGAGAACAAAUUCAUGGUCUCGCGUCGCGGGUGUUAAUGUUCGAUAUGCGGAUAUUGAUUAUGAUUCAAGAAUUGGGUCCCUCUUGAAUGAGGCUCUGCAUUGGUUGGUUAUCUCUUUUGAUACCAAGCUUCAAGUGAUUAUUGCCUUUGAUUUGGUCGAGAGGAGUUUAUCAGAGAUUCCUAUAUCACAUGAUUUAGCCACGACAUUAAACCAUAGACAAUAUUAUUUGAGGGUCAUGGGAGAAUAUCUCAGUCUAUGUUACCCGGGUAAUAUGAAUUCAAUGGCUGAGAUAUGGAUGAUGAAAAACUAUAAAGUGCAGUCAUCUUGGAGUAAGGUGUUUGCUUUUUCUACUUGUAAUAUUCCCCGCAAUGUCUUUUUUCCAAUAUGUAUGACCACAUAUGGUGAAAUUUUUGGAUCAAAUGCCUCUGGAAGAUUCAUGAUACUUAAUGACAAAGGAUGGCUAGUUGAUAUGUACACAAGUUGUCCCACACCUUGUAUAGAUCCAUAUAUUCAAGCAGAUUGUGGUGUGUAUAGAGAGAGUUUACUAUCACUCCCUAAUGACUUUGAGAAAGCAAGUGAAGAUGACCAGCUGACGAGUGCCGCAGAGGAAGCAAGUGAAGAUGACCAAGAGUAACUGACAAUAAGAAUUAGUCAGGCCAUGCAGGGUGCAAGAGUGCUCUAAAAUGUUAUGCUUGAUGUCUUGGCUUCCCUUCAAAUGACGAUAUUGCAAGAAGAGAUUAUAGCAUUUGGAGGAGAAUUUUAUUUAUAUGAUGUUAAAUCAUCUUGCUUCAGUAGUGUUUAGUAGUUAGUGGUGAUUUGAGAAAGUUUGGUCAAGGCAGGCUUUUGAACUUAAUUAUAUUUCAUAGUAUGAGUUAGGGAAUUCUGGCUGGAGUUAAUACCUUUUUAGCAUCUUAAUCUAUUUUACUCUUAAACUUGUUAUUGUAGUUGCAGUUUGUUUCUUUUAUGGUCGUUGACAUGGUUUUCAUGUUGCAAUGAUUCCUGACUUUUCUAA